AAAGAGCGAGGCAAAAGGCCUCAUCUUGACAGUGAAAUCGACCCUGAGGAGGAGCCUCUUAUUAGAAGGACCCGAGUCUCUGGGCCGGGUACUCUCUUGCACCGAGCGAUCAGAGCUCCUUCUCACUCUGGGCCUCCUGCAGCUGGUGGCUCUGCUUCUGCUUCAGGCCCCCCUUCUAUCCCCAGCUUACCGCCAUGGGCCCCUCGGUACACUCGAACGGAUGGGACGUUCGUGAAACCGAACGAGACCAUGCUGAAGGAUGGCCAGACCGCUAUGGCCUACUACAGGAGCAUGUGGACUCCGAAGGACAUUGAGGCGGCAAAGGGCCUUUCCCAGAAGGACGUGUUCAGUCGCUUUCCCCAAUCUGCUAUGGAGACAUUGUUCGGGAUGAUGGCCAUGCAGAAGCAGGUGGAAAUGGGGAACGCCAGGGCCCGAAAGUAUUCUGACAGCCUGGAGGUGGCUAAUAAAGAAAACGACCUCCUUGCCAUGAAGAAUACCGAGGUGCUGGUUCGGCUUGACAAAGCCGAGCAAGAGAGAGAUGUCCUGAAAAAGGAGAAUGAUUCCCUUCAGGAUGAGAAGGACGCCCUCCAGCUUGAGAAGAGCGUCUGGCAGACUGAGCAGGAAUCACUCAGAGAAGAGAAGGCAGAACUCCAACGUCUUCUAGCUGAUGAACAGUCUGCUCGGAUGGCUUUUGAAAAAAGAGCUCUGGACGAGCGUACCGCUCUGAUCGACGCUAUCAGCAGAGUGGGUGGUGGGAUGCUGGCCCUUCACGCUCGGUUCUCCAGGGUCGGUGCUCUUCGGUAUGCUCAAGGAUUCCGGGAAGGUUUCGCUGACCGGGUUCCGGAUGAGGGACAGACCAGCUCCACUCCGGAUGAGGUAGACAAGGAUCUGGGGAUCGAGCCUCUGGGGGUCUAUGUCGACCCAGAACCCACCGAAGCGGAACGUAUAUUUGAUGAGUGCCAGGACAUCGCAUCCUCAAGGAUCAUCACAGCUCCUCCUACCGCUCUGCCACUAACCGCUCCCCAAUCGUCAACCGUGGCUCCCUCUGUAGCCACUGCUGACGCUGAACCCCAGCCGAACGACUCAGUUAUUCACCUGGAUUCCCCACCUCAUGAAGGUGAGGCGGCUGAUGGGGCCGAGGAGGCGAGUCGGCAAGACCAGGAUGCUGUUGGUACUGAGGCGUCUAGCUAGGGCUCCUUCGAAUUCUUCCAGUUCAUAUCUUCUUGUAAUGAUGGACAUCUCUCUUUUGUAAACUAAAUAUUCAAUAUUAAUGAAAUGGCCGAACUCUUUUUCUCUAUGUGUUGUGCUCUGUUCAACUUAUCUUCAGUACAUAUAUAUCUUUUCUCUCUUUUUCUUUUUAUAUUAGCUUCGC